GGUCCGUCCGCUCACAGCGCGCUGGCAGGCCGCAGCGGCCGGCCUCUGGCAGAGGUCCCCACGGCGCCGUUGAGCCCGUGGGGCUUGGCGCCGCGGAUGCCGCCCACUCCAGCGCCGCCCGUCCGCCCGUCCAACCUCAGUGCCAGCGCAGCGCGCUCGGAUGCCGCGUGGCUGUGGAUGGAGGGCCAUGGCGGCGGCUGCUCGGCUUCAAGUUUCUGGCACGAGCCUGGAGAGAGGCCGCCGUCAUCGGUCAGCACGGCGCUGCGUGGCGCUGCCCCGGACCGUUCAGGCACUGGGCACAGCGAGCUGGCUGCGACGGAGAGGCUGCUGCCGCGGGCUCCGAGCAUCUCGCACUUGCACAGCAGCCUGGACAUCGACACUCUGUCGCUACUCGAGGCGCCAGGUGCAACGACCGCAUCUCCAGAUGCCCUAGCGAGAACGUCAGACGUGCCACCCGCAGGCGUGACGUCGCCACAGCACAGCGAGGCUGGUAGCGCGGGUCACGUGGUGGCAGAGGCGUUUGCCUAUCGCAGAUGCCUGUCUGCUGCCGUCCAUGGAUGGCGUGGGACCGCACGCCUGUGCGCAGCCUUGAGGCGUCUGGUGAGCCUCCGAGCUUCACACUUGGUGGCUGCCGUGCUGGACCGCUGGCGCGCUGCCGCUGGAGAAGUUGCAUGGGAGAGCCGUGUUGCAUGCGAGGCGGCAGAACAUUUGCGACAGAGACUGCGCGAGCUGUUUGGGCAGCACGUCUUGCGGGAAUGGCUGCUCGCUUCACGAAGACGUGGCCAACUGCUGCGGCUGCAGAGUGAGGCGGCCUCAGAUGUUGCGCGCGAGGCGUGCCGCAGCGGCCUGGGCUGGUGGAUGCAGUGGCGGGGUCAACGGCGUGACAUGCGUGAUCUGGAGACGACGGCCGCUGAAUGCCACCGAGAGGCGCGCCUGCGGGCGGCCCUCGGGCAGUGGCGAGCGAUGCCGCCACAGCAGCUGGCGCAGAGGAGGCACCGCCUCCGCUCGCAGCAGCAAGCUGCCCGAAGGGCCCGCUCGGCCGCGCUGGCGCGCUGGCGCGCCUGUGGGGCGCGCCUGCGCGGCCCUGCUCGCUGCGGAACCGCCCUGCGGGCCGCGCGCAGGCGGGGCCUGCUGGCACGCGGCCUGGCGCGCUGGCGCGCCACGCUCGUGGCGCCGCACGCGGAGCGGCGCCGCGGGGCGCGGCAGCUGCGCAGGGCGGCAGCUCGACGUGGCCUGCAGACGACGUGGGCGGCGUGGUGCCGCUUCGCCCGGGUCCUCCGCACCGGCCGGCAGAUGGCCGAGAGGCGGAGGGUCGAUGGGCUGAUGCGGGGCGCCUGGGGCGCGCUGCGGGCGGUGGUCAGGAGGAGGAGCCUCACCCGAGUGAGCCGCGGCUGGGCCGACGUCCGCAGAGCCCGGGCGCAGCUCGGCAGGGGCUGGGCCAGCUGGCGCGAGUGGCUCGCGAACACCGGGCGGGCGCAGUCGAUGCGGAAUGAGGCCCAGCUCCUGGCCACCUGGCGCUGGCUCCGCCUCUCGUGGGGGGACUCGCACCGGGCAUGGGGCAACGUUAACGCCGUGCCCCUGCCACCCUUCGCGGCGCGCGGCGCCAGGCUCGCUGCAGACCUGCUACUGCCAGUGGCGCCUCUCGCACUGCGGCCGAGCGCGGCCCCUGUGCGGCGCUGCGAGCUGCUCGCGCACUUCGCGACAGCGGUGCAGCGGUGGCUCUUCCGCGGCUGGUUUCGCGAGGUGCGCCGUGUCCAGGAAGUCGGCCUCAGCAGUUCUCUGACCAGCGUUCGGCGCACCUUUGCUGCGUGGUGUGUCGCCACCGCCCGCCGUCACCGAGUGCGUCGCUGCGGCGACCGCAUCGUGGAGCUCCGGGCAGCUCGGCUGCGCGUGUCGUGCGCGCGCGGAUGGCAUCUCGCAUGCCGGAGGCGUGCAGCGCUGCAGCGGACUGCGGAGCAGGUGGCCUCGGCGUGCUCGUGGUGCACGCGGCGCCGGGCCGUUGACUGCUGGCGGGCGGCCCGCGCCCGGGAGGCCAGCGUGCGCACCGUGGGGGACUCCAUCGUGCGGCGCGUGGCCGCGGGGCUGCUCAGGCGGGCCUUCGGGGCCCUGCGGGGUCGCUGGCGGCAGAAGCACCACGGGGCGCUCCUGUCCCGGCUGGCCGACCUGCUGCUCAGGACCGAAGUCCCGCAUCCGCGGCGGGCUGCUGGAGCUGCUGACGCACUCGCGCGCGAGGGCACGGCGGCGCCUGGCGGCAGACCGGCUGCGGGAGCGGCUGUUGACGGCCUGCUGGCGGCGAUGGCUCAGGUGGCGCCUCGGGGCACAGGACCGCCGGGCCCGCUGCGGCAGGGUGCGAGCGAGCGCGAGCUGCGCGCUGGGGCGCAGGGCGCUCCGGGAGUGGGCUGGAGGCGCGGCCGCCGCCGCGCACCGGCAGCGCCUGGCCCUGCACCACCAGUCGGCGCGGAGCCGCCAGGCCGUGUCGCGGUGCCUGCUGCACUGGCGCGGCUGCGCGCGCGCGCGUGCCCGCCGGUGGCGGGCAGGGGCCGCCGUGGCGCAGCGCGUGGCGCUCCGGAGGGGGCGAGGGCUCCUGCGGCAGUGGAGGUGCGGGGCCGUGCAGGAGGCGGCGUGCCGGCGGACCCUGCAGCUGGGGCGCGCCAGGCUCGCGGCCACGGCCUUGGGGGCCUGGCUGUCGCACGCGCACGAGGGCCGGGCCGCGCAGCUGGGCCGCCUCGGCGCGCUCGUGCUCCUGCGCCUGCGGCACCUCCUGGCCGCCUGGCGGCGCGAGGCGCUGCUCGCCGGCCGG